UAUAUAAAAAAAAACUAUGAUGGAGGUAAUUGAGCACGAGCAUCCACUGAAGCUCAUUGAUUUGCAGGUGAAUGUUGAAGAUGUAGAUGACGAAUCUGAUGAUGAAGAGGAGAAGGAGGAGGAUUUGGUUCCGCAAGAUGAGUUUUCGUGUACUUGUAAGCGGUGCAAUGAAGAUAUCAACGAGUAUUACAGAGCUUCCAGAAACAUUCAAACACUCAAGACACCCACAUCCUUUUACCCUCUGUAAGACUGGCUACAAUUGGACAUGCUAUAUGAAGAACGAUACGUUAACCAAGUCCAUCCGAGUUACAAGCAAUGGGCCUCUCGGCCCGGGUUAUGUUUAUUUUAUUUUAGUCUAGUUAAUUAUGGGUCAAACAAUAGUUUGUUUAUAUUUAUUAUUUGGGCCGUAGGCCACAUGUAUGGGUCGAACAGAAGUAUUAUGUCCAGUCUAGUAGGUAGCGGUUAGAACAAGGGUUAUGGGCCAAGCUUUGCGAACCGGCAUGUCUCCAAGAUAACUACCCGAGCGGUUAUUUCUCAAACGUCAUAUCUUUUCAAUUUGAAACGACGUGACUCUUGGAAACAUACCUAUUCGCUGCUAUAAAGCCGCUGCCAACAUCCUUGUUCGCAGUCAGUCAGUUAUAUUCGAACGUGUGUGUUUACAAGUUAUCAUAUUCAAAGUUCUAGUUAUCAUUCAAGUUCAAUUCGGUUAGUUAUCUUUUGCAAAUCUGAUUGUCGUUCAAUCCAUCAUGAAAUACUGUGAAUGUUGUGGGUUGUUUGAGAACGAUUGUGUAUGUGGUCACAAUACCAUCCGUUCCGAUUGGUCCUGGGUUUCCGAUGACGAUGAUACCAACAUUGGUAUCAGAGCCAAAGGUUUAACAGGAAGCGGAAGGGAUUGUGAUCAAGAAGAAAACCGGGUUCGUGGAAACAAAGGGAAAUCGGUGGUGACCGAUUAUGGUGAAGAGGAUUUUGUUCGUAGUGGAGAGUGCGGCCGGCGGCGGAAGUGGAUGAGUACGCGCAGGGGAAGCCAACCAUGCGGACCGGGAUAUCACCAAUGAAAAAGUUUCCAAAGAAAGUGUUUCAAAAGGGUUUCGUGAAGAAGUCCGGGAAGAAAUCUAAUGCACCAGUGGGUAGGCCGAGAAAACCGGGGGUUCGGUGUUUCAAGUGCAAGAAAUUCGGCCACAUCGCAUCAAUUUGCCCUAGUAAGUAUAUCAUGUUAUCACCAUUGCCAAUAGAAAGUGAUUAUAUUGUGAAAGAUACUUGCGGGGGUAAAUGGGAUUCAAUCUGGGUUGUUGAUCCCACGUUUAAAACGCAUAUGACGGGAAAUCGAAAUUUGUUUAGGUGUUUCAAGAGACACUUUGGGGUUGUAACGAACGAAAGUAGGAAAGACUUUUCGUUUGUACAUAGAAUAGGAGAAGUGAGAGUGCCGGUGGACGGCAAGGAUAAGACAAUCCCGUGCGUAAGUUACGCACCAAGACUUGACAAGAAUGUUCUAAGUCUAGAACAACUCUUGUUUCAAGGGAUUGAGACGGUCACAAUGGGUGAGAAGUGUGUGUUGAAGAAAAUGUUUGGUUGUCGAUCAAAAGGGUUCGACAUAUACGAAGACAAGUCGGAAAUCGAUUUGGAACAAGAUUAUCUUAAUGCUUUCUACGAUAAUCUUGGGGUUGAUAAUGGCUACAAGAAGGAGAAAAAGGAACUCCAAGAGUGUCUGGGGGAUUAUUAUGAACGGGAAUUCGAGAAGUCGAAAAACAAAAAGAAAGUGUACGGUGAACGUUCAAACGCUAGGAAAGAAAAAGUUGUGUACUCCAAGAAAGCGAAAAAGGCAUUGUUAAUCUACAUUGAAGGCGAGAAAGAUAAUCCGCGCCAAUCUAGAGAAAUGCUUCGGGAACGGGCAAUAACUCUCUCUCAACUCGAGGAGGACGUCGUUGAAAGAGAUUUAAUUAUGGAAAGUUGCGUGGAACCAGGGGAUCUUAUCACACUACACGAAGAAAUCAAGAAACACCCAAGGUUCUUCGACGCACCGUUCGAGGAAGUUUUGGUUUGGUUCAUCACGGAUUUUCUAGGGAUUGUUUGUGAAAAAGCAAUGCCGCCAGAGUUAAUUGAUGGGCGUGAUCUCAGUCUCAUACUACUACACCGCAUCGGGUUCGAAGAGAUAAUGGAGAAAAACAUGUGGGGCGAUAUUUCGGUGAAGUAUGGCUACGAAGCGGAUGACGCUUACGAGAUAAAGGUCGCCUACGUUUAUUAUUUGGAGUUGGUCGAAUGGUAUUUCGACUACAUCAAGAAGGAGCGUGCAAGAGAGAAAGUUGGCAUGGCCGAAAGCUCAAACAACAAUUGCGGUUGGCUCGACGAUUCAAGCGACGACGACGUGGUGGUCAAGAUCGAGGUGACCAACAAUCGCAAGGAGUGAUCGUGAUCGAAGGACUCGGAUGUUCUUGCUUAAGGGGGAGAAUGAAGAACGAUACGUUAACCAAGUCCAUCCGAGUUACAAGCAAUGGGCCUCUCGGCCCGGGUUAUGUUUAUUUUAUUUUAGUCUAGUUAAUUAUGGGUCAAACAAUAGUUUGUUUAUAUUUAUUAUUUGGGCCGUAGGCCACAUGUAUGGGUCGAACAGAAGUAUUAUGUCCAGUCUAGUAGGUAGCGGUUAGAACAAGGGUUAUGGGCCAAGCUUUGCGAACCGGCAUGUCUCCAAGAUAACUACCCGAGCGGUUAUUUCUCAAACGUCAUAUCUUUUCAAUUUGAAACGACGUGACUCUUGGAAACAUACCUAUUCGCUGCUAUAAAGCCGCUGCCAACAUCCUUGUUCGCAGUCAGUCAGUUAUAUUCGAACGUGUGUGUUUACAAGUUAUCAUAUUCAAAGUUCUAGUUAUCA